GGAGAGCGCUAUCAAAGGCACCUGCUCAGGACAAUGAAACUCUUCCGUGAAAUUUUGGUUUAUCGCCGGUUAAUCCUCAUAGUUUUCACUCUGUUGACUCUGCUGCCCCUGCCUAUCAUCCUCCAAACAAAGGAAGCACAAUGUGCCUACGUACUCUUUAUUAUUGCCAUAUUUUGGCUUACAGAACUUUUGCCUCUGUCUGUAACAGCUUUGCUGCCUGGUCUAAUGUUUCCAUUGCUUGGGGUCAUGUCAUCUUCAGGGGUAGUAUCUUCUUAUUUCCAAGAUUUUCACCUACUGCUAAUUGGAGUCAUCUGUUUAGCAACAUCAAUAGAAAAAUGGAAUUUGCACAAAAGGAUUGCUCUGAAAAUGGUGAUGAUGGUGGGUGUGAAGCCAGAGUGGCUGACACUGGGCUUCAUGUGCAGUACUGCCUUCCUGUCUAUGUGGCUUAGCAACACCUCAACUGCUGCCAUGGUGAUGCCCAUCGUGGAAGCUGUUUUGCGGCAGCUCAUUGAUGUCGAAGCAAUAGUGGAGGACACUCAGAUGACUGAUGUCAGUGGAUCAACCAAUCAUGGACUGGAAAUGGAUGAAUGUGUUGAUGGACAUGAAAUAAAUGAGAAGAAAGAGGAAAUACCACCAGUUCCAGGGCACAGUAAUGAUGCAGAGAAAAUUUCAAGCAAGAUAGAGUUGGAAAAGAAUUCAGUUACAAGCACCAAAUAUCGAACAAAGGAGAACCACAUGAUGUGUAAACUUAUGUGUUUGUGUGUUACUUACUCUUCUACCAUUGGUGGACUGACAACCAUCACUGGGACCUCCACCAACUUGAUCUUCGCCCAGUAUUUCAAUUCGCGCUACUCUAAGUGUCAGUGCCUCAACUUUGGAUCAUGGUUUAUGCUUUCCUUCCCGGCUUCUAUCACUAUUCUACUCUUGUCCUGGAUCUGGCUUCAGUGGCUCUUCCUAGGAUUCAAUUUUAAGGAGAUGUUUACCUGUGGCAAGACCAAGACAGCCAAACAAAAAGCUUGUGCGGAUGUGAUUAAACAAGAAUACCUAAAACUUGGGCCAAUAAGGUAUCAGGAAAUUAUCACUUUAACCCUCUUCAUUAUAAUGGCCUUGCUAUGGUUUACCAGAGAUCCUGGAUUUGUUCCUGGUUGGUCUUCACUUUUUCACAAGUAUCCCGAUUUUGCUACAGAUUCAACUGUUGCCUUACUUAUAGGACUCCUAUUCUUUCUUAUCCCAGCUAAGAAAUUGACUAAAACUACACCUACAGGAGAAAUUGUUGCAUUUGAUUACUCUCCACUGAUUACUUGGAAAGAAUUCCAGUCAUUCAUGCCCUGGGAUAUAGCCAUUCUUGUUGGUGGAGGGUUUGCCUUGGCAGAUGGCUGUAAGAUCUCAGGACUCUCUGACUGGAUAGGAAAUAAAUUAUCUCCUAUAGGAUCAUUACCAGUAUGGCUAAUAAUUCUGAUCUCCUCUUUGCUUGUUACCUCUUUAACAGAGGUAGCCAGCAAUGCAGCUACCAUCACUAUCCUCCUCCCAAUAUUAGCUACAAUGGCUGAAGCCAUUCACGUGAACCCUCUUCAUAUUUUGCUACCUUCUACUCUGUGUACUUCAUUUGCAGUCCUCCUACCAGUAGCAAAUCCAUCUAAUGCUAUUGUUUUUUCAUAUGGCCAUCUAAAAGUUAUGGACAUGGUUAAAGCUGGACUUGGCAUUAAAAUUGUGGGUGUCACUGUGGUGAUGCUUGGCAUGUUCACGUGGAUCGUGCCCAUAUUUGACCUCUACACUUACCCUUCCUGGGCUCCUAUAAACAGCACGACCAACCCAUGAUAUCAGUGCUCUGGCCAUCCUGUGGUGCUGUUUGGGAACCAUUAAGAAUUCACUGCAGAAUUUAUCUCGGAAAACUGAUGACACAUUUAAAUCAGUCCUGGUAUAGCUGCUGCAGUUUUAGUGAACUGCCAAAACCUAUUGUCAUAUAACUCAGAGUCUAUGUUUCCUGUGAGGUACAGCCAAAGAGUUUCUGAAAGUCUUUAUCAAGAUGCCUAUUAUUGUGAUUUUUCUCAUGGACCAUAUGCAUACUGCUUCAUCAUAAGAAUAAUUUAUAACUUGGCCUUCAAAGAGUUUAGGUAAUUUGUUCUACCUUACUGUUUGGGUUCAGUAUAACACUUCAAAUGCCAAUUUAUUAUUUGAGAAACUUCCCAUGAAACUAUAAGUAGAAAAUAAAAUAUACAAGUUAAUUAGGUACUUAGAUAAAUUAUUUCUGUAGUAUUGCUAAAGGGAAUUUUGUGAAAAACCAAAGCUGUGGUCAUCUGGUGGUGAAAAAGCAAAGUUAAAUCUAAAUAAAUAUGAAUCUACUAAACAGAAAACUCAUACAUAAGGACCAAUUUCUAUUUGACCCUAUGGUCAGAGUAAUAUAAUUCUUAUUUUUAUGAUCUCAGUGUACAGAGAAAUACAUUUUGUAGAUGUAUAAUUUGCAUCAUUAACACAGUGUUGUUAGAAAAAAAGCUGAAUACUGUAAAACUAUUAACACACUUAUGUAUAUAUACAAUUUCAUUUGUGUUUAUCUUAUUUUAAUAAUAUAUAUUGUCAUAUAUUAAAAAGGAGAUUCCAAAAUUUAAA